AUGUCGCAACCACCGGCCUACUCGGCCCAACCCCCUUCCUCGGACAGUCACGUCCCUAGCAGCCUACCGCCGUAUUCACGCCGACCUCCUCCUGGCAUGCCACCAGUUCAGCAACCUCAUCCUGAGGUUAUUGAAAAUGGCAGCCAGCCGUUCGUGCAUCCCCCGUGGUCACAGAUCGCUCCUCACUAUUUCCAGAUCCCCCAGCCCAACACCACUACCGAAACUCGAUUUUCGCCUCCACAGCAUUUCUCCCAGCCAGAAAGGCAGUUACCGAUGCCUCGGAAUGCCACAGUACCCCAGCCGCAGCAGCAGUAUGCUGUAGAUCCAAAUCAGCAACCUUAUUUCCCUCCUGUCUAUCAUCACCAUCCCCAAGAGCGUAUGCAGCAAAAUCAGAUACCACCUCCCACUCCCUACCCCUACUAUUCCUUCACGCCUCCACCUCCACCUCUUCAGCCCAUGUAUAUGCCCUACCAGCCCCAACCACAAUACCAAUACCUGCCCCAGCUACAAUUCCAACAAUACCAACCCAAAAUUCCUCCAGCACAAGCGCAGCCCCAAGCCAACCUCCCUAUCGAACUCACCACUCACGGCGGCAACAUGCAGUACUUCCGUCCUGACCAGAUACCUCCGCACCCAGAGGGAGCUCCCGGCUCAAGUAGGCCGCCGAAUGCCCCGAUCCCGCUCAAUGGGCCGCCGAGGACUGUAGAGGUGGUGUUACCGGGGGAGACGGAGGAGAGCACGGUGAUUUUGCCGGGCGUCAUGCCGGAUGGGACGAUUGGCCCGUAUUAUAGGAGUUAG